UUUGAUGCCUUUUCUAUGUAAAUUUGAAUAAAACAAUAAUUAUUGGACAUCAUAGAUGGCGCUGUAGGGCUCUUCUAAGUCCACGCACGUGCGUGGCAAAGUCCAGUUUGCCUACUUCUAGUUCGUCAGCAGUGGGACCAGCAGGGUGGAGUAGGGUGUAGGUAUGGCGUCCGCGGAGGAGGCUUUGCCACGUCGUGUGACCCGGGAGCCAAACGAAGCCUUGCUGAACCUUACGGCGAGAACAGGAUACACCAUACGGCGAGAAAAACGGGAAAGAAAGUACGGCGGUCCACCUCCCGACUGGGAAAGCCGGGCUCCUUUAAAGGAUUGUGGAAUUUUCGUCGGAGGUAUUCCAAAAGACUGUUACGAAGACGAGCUCGUUCCAGUAUUUGAGAAGAUAGGAAAGAUUUACGAACUGAAACUCGUAACGAACCGCCGCUUUGGACCCCAUAGAGGAUAUGGAUUCGUUACAUACACUAACAAAGAACACGCGAAUCAAGCGGUAAAGGAGCUUCACAACUACGAAAUUCGUAAAGGCCAGCUCUUGUGUGUUCGCAACUCUUCUGUAAGUCAUAAGGUGGUUUUGCACGUGGGGAACCUUAUGUCGACAACUACAGAAGACAAAAUUAGAAAGCUGUGCAGUCAAGUUGUGGGAAGAGACAACGCUGUGGGAAGAGUAAAGAAGAUAAGAGAUUAUGCAUUCAUUCGUUUUAGCGACAAAGAUGCUGCUAUCAAGGCCAUGGCUAAACUUAAUGGAAUGAAUGUUGAAGGUGCUUACAUUGAGGUUGCAUGGGCAAAAGGAAGAGAGCAGAACCGACACUUGGGUGAGGUUGAUAGAGCAUACAACAGAGGCUCGGAAGCGUUGAAAUCUUGGAAGCAGAAAGAAGUAUCAUCUGUCAGGUGUGUAGAAAUAUUGAAGGCCUUGGACUGCCACUUGGGUGAGGUUGAUAGAGCAUACAACAGAGGCCAGGAAGCGUUGGAAUCUUGGAAGCAGAAAGAAGUAUCAUCUGUCAGGGCUAAUCAGGACUGCCACUUGGGUGAGGUUGAUAGAGCAUACAACAGAGGCCCGGAAGCGUUGGAAUCUUGGAAGCAGAAAGAAGUAUCACCUGUCAGGGGCUAUGGCUAUGAUCCUAGUUACUCGCCUCCAUUGUAUUACAACCCGAUGUCUCCACCACCCGCAAGCAGGGCGUUGGCAGGGCGAGGUCCCAUGGGCAUCAGAAGCCCUGUGCGAGGCCGAGGGAUGAUGCUGAGGGGGUGUGGCUUUAGGAAACAUCCAGCGGAGGUGCUCGAUGACCUUUGUCAGAAGAAUGGAUGGGGAAGUCCUGUAUACCAGCUUCAUUCUCUCAUGGGAAGGGGUGGAAGUGGUGCCCAACAGCUCUUAGAGCUCUUUUUGUACAAGAUCACCAUACCAGCUCUCGGUACUCAGUUUCCAAAUCGUAAUCCAUUUACCCCAAAUAAACUGUGUCCUACUGUUGAGGGGGCAAAGGUUUUUGCAGCAGAGUACACUUUGAUGCAGUUAGGUGUGCCUCUUGAAGCCCUAGAGUUCAUUAGCCCACCAUGUCCUUACACCCAGCCGAGCUAUGCCAACCACCCCGACCCACCUGUGGAACGCUUCCAACAGAUCCUGUGAAAAGCCAUGGAUGACCUGGUUUUUUUCUGUUUUUUUUCUCUCAUUUCUGAUAACCAAUAUGACCCUGGGCUAGAAAGGGGCGUGACCUUGGACGAGAUGCCCGUAUCAGAGUGGACUUGUUAAAUGACUUCUUCCUUCUUCGAAUCUUCUUGUUCCCGGAGUUGUAACGGGUCACAUGUGAUGUAAAAUAUCAGAUGAAAACUGAUGAAUAUCAGAUGAAUAUAAAACACGUAUUCUAUUAAUCCCACAUAAAAUUAGCAUUAGACUAACAGUAUAUUAUGUUGAAUAUGGCAGAAUAUUAUAUUGUAAUAACACAAUACAUUCCAGCAUCAUUCAGAUCACAGAUUUUCUGUUAAAAAUAACAGAUUAAUUUUUCGAAUGUAUACCUUCUGCUAUUGUAGGAACUUAACUUUAUACAGAGGCUAGGUCUCUUCGAUGGUCAUUUGGCAAUCUCUACUAAUAGAGCCAGACAUUUUGACACCUGCUUUGACCGGUCUUUUCAAAGUCAAAUUAGCUGUUCAGCACACCCAUUUAUCAUUUAUUUUCAAUAUCAUUUUUAUCAUUUACACGUAUGGGCUUUGUUAGGUUCCCCAUAGCAAGUACUGCAAGUUUAUGUUUCGGUAUAUCCUUUUGUAUUUCAGAUUUUUGAUAGAAAAGAAUAAAACAUUGAAAAAAGAAUUUUUUUA